UAUUUUUGUUUUACCGCUCUCCUCUCUCUCUUUUUCUGGCCGGUCCUACCCUAGCUGGAUCUGCGGGUUACCGUUUGUCGACUGUUUCUACGAUCCUUGAUCGUGGUGCUUCCUCAGCUCGAUGAAUAAGGGAAAACAGAAGAAGGAAAAAAACGCGUCGUUCAUGUGAAAAAUCUUGAAAUUUCAACAUAAAUCGUCAGAAAUAUCCCCUAUUUUUCUGGAUGGAUGCGAGACAUUGAUGCCAGGACGGAGACGUAGAUCAGUAGUCUCUCGAAGUGUCUUCUGGAAAUGGUGACGGAUCUGGGGAUAAAGCCUAACCGGGUGAAUGUGGACGAUGAAUUGGGGAAGGAGUUGGAAUUCAUCCUCCGAAACCAUCACGAGAUCGAUGACAGUGAAUGGGAUCGGAAGUUGCUGCCUUACCGGAGUGGCAGCGCUCCCCCGACCGUUGAGGGUUCCUUUGCUGCGAUCGACGGCCUAUUGGGCAACGUCAAUUCUGUUGAAGAUGAGUUGCGAGUGGAUCCUGCGUAUCUUUCGUACUAUUAUUCCAACGGCGAUGUGAAUCCGAGGCUCCCGCAUCCUUCCCUCUCAAGGGAGGAUUGGCGUGCGGCGCAGCGGUUCCAGGCGGGGAGCUCGUCUUUCGGACGGAUUGGCGAUAGGAGGAAGGUGGGAGCGGUGGGUGAUGCAGGGAAGAAGUCAUUGUUCCCAUUGCAGGCGGCGAUGGCGGCCCAGAAUGGGGACGAGAGCUCCAUGUUUGCACACAGGACUCUAGCUCGGCAACCAUCGGCGGAGUGGAUUGAACGAGGAGCAGACGGACUGAUCGGCCUGUCGGGUGUGGGGAUGGGAGCGAGGAGGAAAAGCCUCGCUGAUGUCGUUCAGGAGGAAUUGAGGCAUUCACCUGCAUUGCCUGGUCAUAUUUCUCGCCCAGUUAGUUCCAGUGGGUUUGAAAAUGGUGUGGAUCAUGCCCUUCCAUCCGGAGCUCAUCCCACAGACAUGAUUGGUGUUUUGGACAGUGUUGAUAGUCUUCAUUCUGGAACAAAUAACUUACUGUUGCCAAAAAUUUCAACCGUGGGAUCAUCCAUUUCUCAUUCAUUUUCUUCUGGUAUGGGUUCCUCUCUGUCGAGAAGCUCAACCCCUGAUCCUCAUUUAGUUGCCAGGGCUCCAAGCCCAGGACUUCCUCCGGUGGGAGAAAGAACAAUAAGAUCAAACUCUUUCAAUACUAUUUCUUCAUAUUUGGAUGACCAAGCAGACAUCUCAGCAGUUUUCUCUGGCUUAGAUUUAUCCAAAAAUGGACUAAUUGGGGAACAGCAUAGUUUACAACCUCAACUGCAACAGAAACUUACCAAUUAUUCUAGUUUUAUUCAAGAUCUGCCAAAGGGCCACAAGUUUUCUCAUCCACAACAUACAAAUCUCAAUCUUCUGAAGAGGGGUGGUGAUAAAUUGCCAUCCUUAGGUUCUCCUGGAAAUUCUGAAAGAUAUAAGAUGCAUUAUCGAGAGGCAAAUGCUAGCUUUCCUGGACUUGAUUUGAAUUUACAUCCCAUGAGUCAAACGCCUCCAUCAAUGAUAAACCAUGAGAAGUUUGGUGCAGGUACCAAAGAUGUCCAGGAUUUUAGAUGUGGAAACCAACUAUUAAAUGGUUUAGAUAAGUCUGUCAUGGAUCAAAUGCAACUGCAGUACCUGCAAAGCGCUGCUGAAUAUACACCUCAGGCUGUCAACUAUGGAAGUGACACUUCAUUCCGAAGGAAUAAUGCAGACACAUACUUGCUUGAACUUCAGAAAGCCUACUUUGAAGCAUUGCUUGCGCAAAAAUCACAGUACAGUAUGAAUUCAGUAGGAAAAACUGGAACUUUGAAUCAUGGAUAUUAUGGUAGCCUUCCUUUUGAUCAUGGCGUGCCAUGUACUGGGAAUCCAAUAUCUGGUUCUUUGAAUGCUGCAAGCCCUAACAGACAGGCUGAUAGAAAUCUACGCCUUUUUUCUUCAAUGAGGGGCUCAAAUGGGCUUAUCGGGCCUUGGCAUUCUGAAAAUGAUGGAUAUAUGGAAGGAAAUUUUGGAUCCUCACUGUUGGAUGAGUUCAAGAGCAAUAAGACAAGAUGUUUCGAACUUUCUGAGAUCACAAAUCAUGUAGUUGAAUUUAGUGCGGAUCAAUAUGGAAGUCGAUUCAUCCAGCAGAAAUUGGAAACAGCUACAGUUGAAGAAAAAGAAAUGGUUUUCCAAGAGAUCAUUCCUCAUGCCCUUUCUUUGAUGACUGACGUUUUUGGAAAUUAUGUUAUUCAGAAGUUUUUUGAGCAUGGUGCUGAAAGCCAAAGGAAAGAACUAGCUGAUCAUCUUUCUGGUCAUGUGUUGCCUCUCAGUCUUCAAAUGUAUGGAUGUAGGGUUAUCCAGAAGGCUUUAGAGGUGGUUGAUGUGGAGUAUCAGACUCGGAUGGUUUUAGAACUAGACGGCCAUAUAAUGCAAUGUGUGCGAGAUCAGAAUGGCAACCAUGUUAUUCAGAAAUGUAUUGAGUGUGUCCCACAAGAAAGGAUCCAGUUUAUUAUCUCAGCCUUCUAUGGGCAGGUCGUGACAUUGUCCACACAUCCUUAUGGUUGUCGUGUUAUUCAGAGGGUUUUGGAGCACUGUGAUGAUGCAAAAACUCAACAUAUAAUGAUGGAAGAGAUUCUGCAAUCUGUUUGCACUUUAGCACAGGACCAAUAUGGCAACUAUGUUGUUCAGCAUGUAAUAGAACAUGGAAAACUACAUGAACGUACUGCUAUAAUUACAAAGCUGGCAGGCCAGAUCGUUCGGAUGAGUCAACAGAAGUUUGCGUCCAAUGUUGUGGAGAAAUGCUUGACAUUUGGUGGACCCGGGGAACGUCAGCUUCUGGUGAAUGAGAUGCUUGGAUCCACAGAUGAAAAUGAACCUUUACAGGCUAUGAUGAAAGAUCAGUUUGCAAACUAUGUUGUGCAAAAGGUAAUCGAUACUUGUGAUGACCAACAACGUGAAUUCAUUCUGUCACGGAUCAAGGUGCACUUGAAUGCUCUGAAGCGAUAUACUUAUGGAAAGCACAUUGUUGCUCGUGUGGAGAAGCUCAUAGCUAAUGGAGAGAGGCGCAUGGGGGCAUCUACUUCCUAAGCACCUUGAAAACAGAGGAUCAGGAGACCUUGUACAGCUAACAUGGCUGGCGUAAUUGGAAACCAGUCCAUGUUUGUUUUGUUCUCCUUCCCAUCUUCAUUUGUCUUUUUGGUAGAUUGAAAUUGAGAGGCAAUAGAUGUUGAGGUUAAUUGUAUAAAUGGUAGGCCAGCUUAAUAAUCUUCCUGUUGUGUAUAUCUUGUAAUCCCUUAACUGUAAUUCAAGUAAAUGGCGGUGGUGAUGCCGAUUCUUAGGAUUAGUAAUUGCAGAUAUUGAUGCUCAAGUCAUCUUGAGGUAUAUGUAAAAAUUUUACAGUCUGUAGAGAUGAGUAUAUCGUAGCCAAACUGUAAAGAAAAUGUUGAGCAAGCGGCAUCUCUUGAAAGGUCGGGAAUUUUCUGGCUUUGUUACCUUUAUACUUUUACCAAAUUAUAAAUAAAAUGUUGGUUCCCCUGUA